CAGAGGGAGUCUGAGAACCUUACUCAGUUCCUUACCCGGUGGAAGGAAGAGGUGGAAAAGGUGGAAGAGAUGGAUGACAAGACCGUCCUCUCCCUCCUCUUGAAUGGCUUGCGUGCUGGGGAAUUAUACAAGGAGUUCUUCCGGAAGCCCCCAGCCACGUACCAAGAGGCCUACCACACCGCAUGGGAGUUUGCUGAAGUUGAAACCCAGCUCCGGGCAAAGAGAGAGGCUGAGCAUGGUCACAAGUCCAAGCCGGUGCAAGUCAAGAAGAAGAAGCACCGGGACCUAGCCGGCCGAGGCACCACUAUGACCUGGUCAUCCGAGUGGUCAAUACGGAGGAAUGCCAAGAAGUCCGGAAAGCACCAGUCAUUCCUCCAGAAAACCCUACCGGUCAAGCCAACUGCCCCAGGGAAUCACCGGGACAACGACCGACGGAGGAAUAACCGGCCAAGGGAGCGGCAACCUGCCCCCGAAAAGGAACACAUCGGCAUGAUCUUCGGCGGACCCGAGGGUGGAGAUUCAGCCGCACAGCGGAAGAACUGGGUCCGGAGCAUUUACGUUGGAGAGGUAAGUGCUGAACCGCCCAGGCGUAAGCAUACUAGGAGGGAGCCUAUCGUCUUUACUGACCGGGAUCUCCCUCCUACCAGUGAAGAUCACAAUGAUCCAUUGGUCAUCACCAUGGACAUUAAUGGGGUGGAUGUCGCCCGGGUACUUGUUGACACCGUUAGCAGUGUCAACAUCUUAUACCUGGAGACCUUCCAGAAACUCAGGUUGUGUCGAACACAACUUGAACCCCUCAAAACCCCUCUCUCAGGCUUCACGGGGGACACCGUUGAAGCUGAAGGAUCCAUAGUUCUACCGGUCGAACUAGGAUCAGGUGGUGUGGGUGAGGUGAAGGGCGACCAGAGGAACGCCCGGGAGUGCUAUGCCCGGGCAGUCAAGAAGAUGACCAAGGGGGUCAAUAUCAUAUCCCAAGAAAUCACAAAGGGAGAGACCCGGGAGAAAUUGGAGCCCGAGGCCGAGACGGUGGAAAUCGAAAUUUACCCGGGUGAUUCUUCGAGGAUGGUCAGGAUUGGAGAUAAUCUCCCCGAGGAUCUCAAGGCACAGAUUACACGGGUCCUCCAAGAAUACGCGGGCAUAUUCGCAUGGAGCGUGGCGGAUAUGCCCGGAAUAGAUCGCUCUGUUAUCUGCCACCGGUUGGCCGUGAGGGAGGGAAGUCGACCGGUACGCCAAAAGAAGCGGUACCUGGCCAGUGACCGGCGAGACUUCGUCAAGAAGGAAGUGAAAGACCUCCUCAGUGUUGACUUACCGGUCAACAAGCCCACUGAGCAAUGGUGGGAGAUGGCAGUUGAUGGGGCAUCCGGUCCUAGAGGAUACGGGGGUGGUAUCGUGUUCACCACCCCAGAAGGGUUCAAGAUCUACCAUGCAAUCGUCUUCAACUUCAAGCUGACGAACAAUGAGGCAGAAUAUGAAGCUCUGGCUGGAGGGCUCAGACUUGCCCAAGCCCUGAAAAUCAGCCGGGUCAGUAUCAAAUCUGACUCUAGCCUGAUAGUAGGGCAGCAAGGAUGCCCAUCGAAGCUGAAUUCCAACGUUUCGGGAAUCAAACUAUCACCCCAGCAGAAUGAGGAAGACCACUUGGCCGAACUCAACUUGGUCGAAGAGCGGAGAAUGGCCGCGGAAGUCAAAAUGAGCACAUACCAACAAGUUGUGAAGAAGUACCAUGAUAACAAGGUUGGGCCGCGGUACUUCCAAGUUGGGGAUGAAGUCCUACGAAGAAGAGAAGCAAGUAGACCCGGCAACGGAGGAAAGCUAGCCAAAAACUGGGAAGGGCCUUACCGGGUGAGAGCUAUCAUUCGCCCGGGGACCUACUGGUUAGAAAUUCUUGAAGGGGUACCGGUAGAAAGAACCUGGAAUUCCCACCAUCUUCGCAAGUUCUACAAAUGAUUGUAAUACUAGGCAAGGCCUACUUUAUUAUCAAUCAAACCGAUGAUGUUCAAUACUCUAUUUGGUAGCGGCAGAAUUGAUAGGUCGAACUUAUCCUAGGAGGGCUUCCUGGGUGGAUCGAAUCCACUUGGAUAAGCCAACUGAGACACAGGCCCGGACCUGGCACGCUGGUUACUACACCGG